GCCGUUCCCAGGCGCCUACCUUGUGAGCCAAGGGACACCGUCCAGAAUGUAAAAGGUUUCAUCACUGAGCUGUACGGCAUCCCCUUCUUGCGGCAGGACCUCUACUUCAACAGCGUGCACCUGCAUGAUGAUGGCGCCACCCUCGAUGCUUUGGGACUCCAAGCCGAGGCGGAGCUCACCGUGCGACCCCGGCGUCGCCUGGGCGCCACGCUCCAGGGCGCAGCAGCUCGCUCGAGGGCCGCCCGCGCUGGAACUUGGAGCUCUGGAGAUGCGCGUGGCAGCUUUGAAGCGUGGGAGGUUUUACGGCUGCCUCCAAAGGCUUCCGGAAGCUGA